AUGAGGCAAAAUCCCGAUUACAAGAAGGGCUUACUCAAAUGUGGCAGCAUGAAGCAUCUUCUCGAGGGAUCUGGAAAACAGGAUAGAAGAAGGGCUUGGAGACUCAUCGUAAGCUGCUCCGAAUGCUUUCCCUCAAGAUAUAGAGAUGGAGAUGGACGAGAAUACACUGAGGAUAAACCCUACCACCACCACGAUUUUUCAUUACGAAGACCAAUUACGAAGGGCUUGGUGAAGAUAGGUCUUAUUUGCAGAGGCGAGGCAGUCAAACUUAAGCCAACAUUUUCUUAUGUCUAUUUAAACUUGGGAAAUGUAAACAAGGCUCUGGGAAUGGCUACAGAAGCUAUUGUAUGUUACGAGCGUGCUCUUCAAUCUAAACCAGACUAUGCCAUGGCUUUUGGGAAUUUGACUAGCAUAUAUUAUGAGCAAGGUAACUUGGAGAUGACAAUUAACCAUUAUAAGCAGGUUAUAGGUCGUGAUGCUGGAUUUUUGGGUGCAUAUAAUAAUCUCAAAAACCUUGAUGUGAUGGAUGUAAACUGCCAGCCUAAGCGUUCAGCUUACGGAUUGCCUGAAAACAAGUUCAUAUUUGCUUGUUUUAAUCAGCUUUACAAGAUGGAUCCUGAAAUUGUUAUCACCUGGUUCCCUGCUGCUGGUGAAAUGAGACUUCGUGCCUAUGCUGCUGCACAGGGUGUGCAACCAGACCAUGUUAUUUUCACUGAUGUUGCUUUGAAGAACGAACACAUCAGAAUUUGUUACAUAGUGCUAUUAUUGGGUGGAUUCGCGGGAAGGAUCCAUCAAGAGUUGUACACUAUGAAUAUUGGGAAGCAAUCAAUAGCACAUUUGGUCUACAAGGAGGGUUUAUUUGGGAUUGGGUUGACCAGGGGUUACUCAAGGAAAAUGCAAAUGGUAGCAAAUACUGGGCAUAUGGAGGUGACUUUGGAGAUACACCAAAUGGCCUGA